CAAACGCGAGGUUUCUUUUCGAGGAACAAGGGCUCACGCGAGCCCAGCUAGAAAAGCUCGAAAACCCUCAUAAGGAUUAAUGACUUCUUCUAUAAAUUAAAAGCCUUCUACCUUCGAUUUUUUAUCCCCAAUCUCUUCUCCCACCCUCUUCUCCCAUAUGUCGAUCUAGUCGUUGGAUCAUUUCCUCUUUUCGUUUCUCGUUGUCUGCCCUAAUCUGUGAAUUUUUACGCCUCGAUCUCUGUCUUUGAUCGCCUCAGGAAGCUCGAUCUUUGGUCCUAUAGUUUGUUUGUUUUGUGGGAGGUGAUUAGAGGGGAGGGGAUGGAGAGCGGCGGGGGGCGGGAGGGGAUCCGUCCGUUGACGGACGAAGAGGAAGCGCUGAAGAGGAAUACCGACUGCGUGUACUUCCUGGCGUCGCCAUUGACCUGCAAGAAGGGAAAUGAAUGUGAGUAUCGGCAUAGUGAGGGUGCCAGAAUAAACCCCAGGGAUUGUUGGUACUGGUUGAAUGGUAAUUGCCUGAAUCCAAAAUGUUUGUUCAGGCAUCCGCCACUUGAUGGUCUGUUGGGGACUCCAGGGCCUUCUUCAGGGCCAGCCCAACCUCCAUCACAAACUGUUGCAGCAACACAAAUUCCCAAAUGGCAUGCUCCUUAUGCUGGGAAUAAGCAAAAUGUGCCGUGCUAUUAUUUUCAAAAGGGACACUGUUUAAAAGGUGAAAAGUGCCCUUUCAUGCAUGGACCGCAGACAUCUGGUAAUCCUGUUUCACAGCAGGUGGCAAAGGUUUCUAUCACUCCUACUGAACCACCAGAGGAUUCAUGGGCUAUCAAGGACUGCACUGCACAGCAGAACAUCCCUAGUCAACAGAAUGUCCCUGCUCAACAGUAUGUCCCCAAAGUAGGUGUUCACAAGCCAAAAGUCAGUGUUAAUAAGCCAGUUCAAGUACCACCUGCCUCAGUAAAACCUGUUACUAAAGCUGAGAGUGGACCUAGUAAUGUUCCAACAACAAAGAAAAGUUUGCCACCUCAUUCAACAGAUGAUGAGCUCUAUGGAAUGCAGCAGAACCAAUUUCCUGUCAGCAGUGGCUAUGCUGUAAGCAGGCCUCGAGAUCAGCAGAUUCAGCCGUCAGGUGAUCGACCUCAGAAUGGUAGGGAGGCUGAUGAGUUCUUGGGGGAAUCUUCUCCUGGUUUUGAUGUUCUUGUUGAUGACGAUAUUGAAGAGUCUGAUUACUUCCACAAUGAAGACAACUUUGGAAGAGCAUCUGUUCAAGGUGGAAGGAACCAGAAUCCUAUGGAUGAAUAUGACUACCACCAUGAUGAUUAUGAAUCUCGAAACACAUUUGAAAGAGAUCGAUAUAAUGGGGUGAGCGAGUAUGACCGGUAUGGAGAGGUUCAUGAUGCCUAUGGCUGGGAGCCAUGCAGGGCUUCUUCUGAGAGGAUUUCGGAAAGAUCAUUGUUUGAAGGGAGUGUUUCACGGAGGGAGGCCAAUUAUGAUGAUAGGGAUGGAUCAGAUUUGCGUCAUCGACUAUUGAAGCAAAGAAGACUUGAUGGUUCAAGAUCAGCUGUGAGCCCUGAUGGCUAUAGCGAGCCCUACCGGAGUGAUGAUCAUUAUAUUGAGGAGAGAGAUCGCGGUCAUCAUUCCCAUAGAAGUCAACGACCGAUUCCUCGGGAAAGCUCCAUAAGCACUCGCCUGCGAGGAAGAAUAACACUCCCUGGGAGAUCUUCACCUGACAUUGCAACUGAUUUGCGAUCUGAGAAUGACAGACACAGGGGAAGACCUCGAGGCAGAUUGUCACCACCCAGGCCAAUAAAUUAUCAGGGGAGGCAUCAUGAAAGAGUAAGACGGAGAUCAUAUGAGGAGUUCGCUGCAGAUGCAAGGAGUACUGGAGUAAAGCCAACUAGAAGAGAUGAUGUAAACUUCCUAGAUUUUGCUGGUCCAAAGAGUCUUGCAGAGCUGAAAGGUGCAAAGGUUAUGGAGAAUUCUCAAGAACCAUCAACCAAGAGUACAAGUGCUACUGCUUCUCUGGAUCUGAAUAAGAUGAAGUCUACCAAAGUAGCAACAGAAAAUUUUCUCUCAUUUGAAGGUCCAAAGCCACUGAGUGUCAUUCUUAAGAGAAAAAGAGAGGCAGCUUCUGGGAAUGGUGGAAUUUCCAGUGGUGGAGAUGACAAUAAUCGAAGAGAUGUAGAAGUUGCAAAAGAUGGUUCUGUUUCAGCUGCUUUGUCAGAUGUGCAGUCCAUUCCUCCAGUAGAAGCUAAGAAAGAUGGCAGUGACACCUUCACCAGACUUGAAGAACACCAGGAUAGAAGAGCUGAGGAGGAAGCAGAAGAAGAAGAAGAAGAGGGUCUAUGCCGUAGAGAAGAGGAGGAGUCAAUCCAUGACAGUCGUUCUUCAGCUAAAGAAGAUGUGCUGGAAGAAGAUCAUAUGGAAGUGGAUGCUAUGGAAGAUCAAGAGCUGGAAAACUAUGACCAAAGAUAUGGAGAGUCUGAUUAUGAGGCGGAUGAGGGUGGGAACUUGAAAACUGAUGAUGAUGAGAAUGUAUACCAGGAGGAUGAGGACGAGUUGGAUGAUGAGGAUGACUUUGCCAAGAAGGUUGGUGUCAUGUUUUCUUGAGAGUGCUAGUCGAGACUGGUUUUGCUUGUUUUGCUGUGCUUGAGGAGGCCCUAGUCCUUUAAUUUUUGAAUCUCUUGGAGAUUGAUGGUGGCGCUUGAUGUUUUUCAGGAGAAAAAAAAGUGUCGACGCCUUUUUUUUUUUCUGUCAGGUUGGUACAGCAGCAGUCGGAGAUGAAAGAUGGUAGUGAUAGUCUAAGGUUGACCCAAAAAAAUUUGAGAAACUUGUUGGUUUUGCAGUCUUUUGAUCUGGCGUAUUUAGAACCUUAUGUUGUAUUAGUUGCCUAACAGUUUACAGAUAUUUAUUUUGUUUCUCAAUGAAUCAAAUGGAUAAUGUAAUGAAACACCCAAUCUGGGUAUUUUCCAGCUUCUCAAAGUCUAAUUUCUGUUGCUUA